AUGAAUCCAAAAUACAUUGUUCUUCUGGCAUUUGUAUAUUCAACAAACAUGUGUAAUUUAGUUUCUAGCUAUUCCACAAAUGAGACACGAUUCAUCAGAACACGUAAAGGUGUGGCGGCUAAUGUUGCCGCGUCAGCUUCGUCGAAGACCCAACGCGUUCCUAUGUCGGCUCAAGUAACGACAAGCAGCCGGGUUCCAAUAUCUUCAUACGAUGAGCCACCGCGUACAAUAAGUGAUUCUAAUCUUUGGAGUGGCUCAUUUACAGCGGAAGAAAAAUUAGUGGCUCAACUGCUCAAUAGAGGAAGUUUGACUGUCCGACCGAACGGACACAUGAAUCAGUCUACAAACCCUGUACAUGUUGAUAUAACUUACAACGUCGUACAGAUCCUUGGAUUUUCACAAGCAGAAGAAACCCUAAGCAUCUCCGGGUGGUUUACAAUGAGAUGGACUGACCCAAGAUUAACAUGGAGUCCGGAGGAAUUUUCCGACAUCCAGGAGGUCAGUUUGCCAACGACUAAUUUAUGGAUACCAGAUGUGGGUGUUAUGAAUGGUAAAGCAUCCACUGAUUUUGAUUUCAGUGCAGGAGUAAGAGGACGUGUUACUGUGAACAAAGAGGGAUCAAUCACUUGGCUUCAUGGUGCAGUUUUGGACGUCACCUGUCCAUUAGAUGUUUCAUUUUUCCCUUUUGACUACCAAACAUGCUUUCUAAUUCUUGUUCCGUGGCAAAGUGGUGAACAACAAUUGCUUUUGCAACCGUUUACCCAUGGUUCGGCUGUAGAUAACAGUUAUUUACCUAAUUCGAAUGUUAGCGAGUGGGAGAUUCAGUCAGUACACUUCGUGCGUAAAAAGUACCGUAGUGAUCUCAAUGUAACCUACCAAUAUGUGAGUAUUGCUAUCCACUUAAAACGCCAGCCGUUGUAUUUUAUUGUACUUGUCCUUGUGCCAUUCUCCAUGUUGUCUGCUCUUGCUUGUUUGAUCUUCACUUUGGAUGAUACUGGAGAUCGAUUAUCAGUUGCACUGUCUUUAGUUCUCAGCAUGACUAUGUAUGUAGUUAUUGUAUCAACGAAUGCUCCAAGGUCAAUGAGAACUCUACCAGUUUUAGGUAUUUUCCUUCUGGAUCAACUAGGCCUACUAAGCAUCGCAACUAUUCUUGCCGUAAUGAACAAUAAAUUAUAUCAGUCAACGGAAUUAGUUGAUUGGCAAGACUUCAUAUAUGCAAUUUCGGGCACCGGUCAAGACACCAGGUUUCGUGCUGCAGAUGGUGAUUCUGAUAGCCCUAUAGGACAAGCACGCAAUGCGAAAAGACAUCUAUCUUCAAAUACAACUAAUCCUAACAUAAUUCAUAACAUAAAUACCAUCAAUAACAAAAAUCAAAAUGAUAAUGACAAUAAUGGUAGGCAGAAACAAGAUGUUCUGAGACAACAUGAUUACAAAAUAGUACAUUCAAAAUUUCGUGAUAAUGAUUUAUUAAAUAAGUCUUUCCAUGCAAUAAGAAACAAACACAAAACAAACACCUCAGAAAGAUCUCCAUGGAUGGAGCACUUACCACUGUCAUCUGAACAGAUCACAAAACAAAGCUAUCUGUCAACACCACCAUAUAAAUAUUCUUCACCAUCAAUAACUGAAAGUUCAUCGAGUGAAGAAGAUAUUGACGAUGACAAUGAUGAAAAUGAUGAUGAUGGUGACUGUGGGGAUUUGAAUAGCGAUAACUCAGAAAGAAUAUUUCGGACGACUGUGACAGCAACUGCUGCAGCUGCCUUGGCAGCAACUCAUGUUCUUGCGUCGAGUUAUGGUGCAACUAAUCAAAAUCUGUCACAUCUAAGGACUUGUGGUGGAAAAUUGAACGCUAACACAAACAAAAAUAUUCCUAUCGAUACUCCCAAUAUCUCUGAAUUAUCUAAAUCAAGGAAGUAUUCAGGAAGUGCCUUACCAGUCAAAAGAGAUCAUGAUCACCUCAAGUCAAAAUUAGCUGCUCGAGCAGCCAUAAUGCAGCAUUUGAAGCCGCAGCACAAACUUACAACAUCAGCAAACAACAAGCUACAAAAAAUCACACAAACGAAUUCUGUAGAAUUAGCCGCAACAGGAUGUUCCAGUAGUAAACAGGUUGUUGAAACAGAUGCAUACGGUUACUCGUCACAUUCAAGUGGCCGUCUAGUUAAAAUAUCUUCAACUACACAUACACCAGAAUAG